AUGAAGCCCUUCCGACUCCUACUUCUUCCUCAUCUAGUUUUCAGAAAAAUUGCAUCACAGAUCGACCUACUCGCGUUGUCAUUAUGCAGUAAGAACAGUCGUUUAGCAGUGAAACUAUCUGGUAUAAAACCGAUUAGACUGUCUAAGCAGCAUAUCUCAACCUCUCAUUCCGUUAUUCUGGAAUUUGAUCAUUACUGGAUUCUUUGGUUACUGAAAACAAGGAAAGCAGUUGCUGAUGUUGAAAAAACUUUUUCUACCGAGUUUAAGAUUGGAGAGCAGAUUUUCAAAACCAGAUUCAAUGGAAAUCAUGAUGUGCUCACAUCCUUAUGCACAGAUUACUAUAGUGCAGCUGAUCAGAUCGUAGAGUAUUUAAAAAAUACAUUCAAUUGUGAACUGACCAGAUAUAUUGUCUCACGAGAAGGAUAUCCAGAAUAUAGACAACUUAUCACUCAGACGAUUAAUAAUUCAAAGAAUUGCGAACUGGUUUUUGGAGAAUCGGGUCAGAAAGUGAAUGCGGAGGAUAUUGAUUUUUUAUUCAACAAUCUGAAGACUGAUAAAAUGUUGCGUGUUUCUAGACGAAUCUGCGAAAAUUAUCAACUUCAAAAUCCACUAACCUUCCCAUCUUUCUAUGUUUACGAUGCCCCGUGGUUUCGGCCUGAGGACCUAUUCAAUGCAAACUGUGAACAUCUAACAAUUUUACAUGCACCGAAAUUGAAACCAUCUCAUAUUAACCUGUAUCUGAAGCAAUGGAUCAAUGGAGAACAUUUGAGAAUCCUCUUCCUCCGCAUAGAAACCAUGUGGUUGUAUUCAGUUCUUCCCGAAAGGAACCAACAACUUUUCGAUGGAAUUCAACUGAAACCAUUCGAUAUGAGAAGAGAAAAGAGUUCUUACAAAAAAUCAGCGUUCUUUGAUCUACUUGGUAAUCAGUUCAGAAAUCAUCAAUCUUGGGAUAUUCAUCGAAAUGAUGGAACUGUUGGAUCCAUUGCUCUAAAUAGUGAUGGUUGUCUUUUUCAUGUCUGGCGUCUCAAAUAA